GUGCCCCUCUCCCUCCCUCCCUUAAAACCCACAGCCGAUUCAUUUUUUCAAAUCUCUCUCUCACCCUCUCUCUCUCUCUCUCUCUCUCUCUCUCUCUCUCUCUCUCUGGUUGAUUCGGAAUGGAGAAUGGUUUCUCUUCUCCUCGAAGCGAUGCGUUCCCGGCGGGUCUCCGAGUUCUCGUCGUCGAUGACGACCCUACCUGGUUGAAAAUCCUCGAAAAGAUGCUCAAGAAGUGUUCCUACGAAGUGACUACAUGUUCUUUGGCAAGAGAUGCUUUGAGCUUGCUUCGUGAAAGAAAAGAUGGAUAUGACAUUGUAAUCAGCGAUGUCAACAUGCCUGACAUGGAUGGUUUCAAGCUUCUUGAGCAUGUUGGACUUGAGAUGGAUCUUCCUGUCAUUAUGAUGUCUGUCGAUGGAGAAACGAGCAGGGUGAUGAAAGGCGUUCAACAUGGUGCAUGUGAUUAUCUUCUUAAGCCCAUUAGAAUGAAGGAACUUCGCAAUAUCUGGCAACAUGUCUUCAGAAAGAAGAUACAUGAGGUGAGAGACAUUGAAGGUCAUGAAAACAUCGAAGAUAUACAGAUAAUGAGAAAUGGAUUAGACCAAUCUGAUGACGUUUACUUUCCAAGUGGAGGUGAUCUGACUUCCGCAAGGAAACGAAAAGAUGCUGAAAACAAGCUUGAUGACAAAGAUUUUGGUGAUCCUGGUUCUGUAAAGAAAGCUAGAGUAGUUUGGUCUGUAGAUCUUCAUCAGAAGUUUGUCAGAGCAGUAAAUCAGAUUGGAUUUGAUAAAGUUGGCCCUAAGAAAAUACUCGACCUGAUGAAUGUGCCAUGGUUGACGAGGGAAAAUGUUGCUAGCCACUUGCAGAAGUAUCGCCUCUACCUGACCAGGUUGCAGAAAGAAAAUGAUCUAAAAACUUCUUUUAGUGGAUUGAUGCAUUCAGACUCAUCUCCAAAUGAUCCUUCAAGCGGGUUGAAGCAUUCAGAUUCAUCUUCAAAUGAUGCUGCUCACAGUUUUGGCAUUCAAAACUCAACUAGUAUGCUCCAGAAUGACACUGUCAAUGGCAACUAUGGAUUUUCUAGCAACAAAAUGAAUGUCCAGAAUCUAGAGUCCAAAAUUCAUGAAAGUGAUAUAAAUGGUAACAUUUUGCAUCCGAUUACAGAGCCCAAGAAAGCAAUUGGCAGUGAUGUUCUUCAUCCUCAGAAGGCGAGCAGCAAUUCAGAGAUGGGCCUCAAUCAUUCUUUUGGAUUACAGGAACCGGAUUUAAGUUAUUUAGCAUUUGAUACUACCACCUCAACACAGUAUUCCUGGAAUGGAGAAGUUCCAGAAAUUCCGUUCAAACAAGAACAACCACAUCUUCAAGUAGACGAUGGCUUCAGCCGUGUAGCAUUGCCUUGUCCACAGCAUCAUGUCCAGGUUAAUCACCUGAAGCCUACUCCAUCCAUUAGUCAUGAACCUUAUUUGACAGAAAAAGGUGAAGCAGGGGCCCCUGCAGUCAAGCCUGUGUGCGCUAGCUACAGUAGCAAUCGUACAGUCCAGGUAACUCCAACAGGAGGUGCAACAGACUUGUUCUCUGUUCAGCCAAAGAGCCCUACGGUAAACCCUCAAGCUUUUGAACCUAUUUCAACAGCUACAUUGAGCCCAAGAAACCAAGGUUUCAAUCAGACUGGCACAACUGACUUGGAAUCAGCCCAAAGAAACCUAAUAUUAGGAAGUGGUUCAAGUUCUGCAUCUUUAGAUGAAAACUUGCAAAUUUGUUGGCUUCAAGGAGAUUGCAGUACAAUGAAUCUUGGUUUCCAAGGCCUAGAAUUUUUGGACUACUAUGAUCCAGGAUUCCUUGCUGAAGUUCCAUUCCAGUUGUAUGAUGGACCGAGGUUAGAUUUUGAGUAUCUUCACGACACAACAGAUUGUCCACUCAUUGAUCAAGGUCUAUUCAUAGCAUGAACCGCUCCAAUGGAGGCUUUCCCAGUUAAGGCAUCUUCAAUGAAGAAACAAACCUUAUUUAUAUUCUUCCAGGUAACUGAUAUUUACAUGGGGUAUUCAUCUUCCCAAUCGUUCGGGAAAUGGAAGCUGAAACAUGUACAAUAGGAGUGAUGACAAACAUUCACCUAAUAAGCUUGCUUCUUCAUGCAUAAUGUGUGUUGUGUAAGUACAUGCAGAAACAAGCACGGACAUUGAUGCAUCCACGAGGGUGUAUUCGCAGGCCAUCAUUAAUCUGAGCAAAUUUUGUGCAAGAGCCAGGCG